AUGGGCCUUCAAAUCGAGCCCAUCAGCCAGAACUUGGAGCAGUACGGGCCAUGGCAUUUUGGCGACGUUCGAUUUCAACAGGAUCAUAGAGCCGAGCUUGAAGCCGCCCUAUUCCAGACCGCAACAAUUCCCGACUUGAGUGACAGGCUCUUGGAGAUCUCCAAAGCGACCAGAGCGGACUGUGUUAGCCCCGCUCGCCCCGAGGUGACCCUCUCGGUGACAAAGGGGUCGAAGCCUACGGUUCUGGUGACCCCUGGACCAGCACCCGGGAGCACGACUCCUAGCAGCGCAACCACGAGGACUGCCCGCACCCUCUUCCCGCCGACGCUAGACUCAUUUCUGGCUUUCGCUCAACUGACACCUUCUAACAAGGCGGUUGUGACCUUUCCACUCGCAACGCCAUGCCCACCGCCAAGGCGGUGUCUCAAACGCCGUCGGCCCGACACAGACGUCGAUGGCCCGAACAGUGCGUCUCUGGGCUGCAAGAAGCGCCGGUUGUUAAGGCACCUCAUCACCUCACGCCUUUCCCAGCCCUUCUCCCUCCCGGCCACCCACAUCCCCAACCGCGAGGCUGUAGCAUCUGGCGACAAGCGCUUCUUCAAGCUGGCGGCCAUCAUGUCGGCCCGCCGAAUGAACAGCACCGUGCAGUCGCAAGCGUCCCAACCCCCCCAGCAGCCAAGCCCAUCAACCUGGCUGCGCCGCGCAGCAGUCCUCAACAGCCUCCGCGCCCGCGUCUGCGCGGAAGCCGCAGAGCGCUCCAACGUUACGGUCUCGGACCUGGCCGCCAAAGCAGCCGUCUUCCAACAGAGCAACGGCUCCACGGCCUUUGUGGGCGGCCGAUACCUCGCCACAUCCCAAGGUUCAAACCACUCGCCAACACCCGCUCCAUUACCAAGGGGCCUCCCCGGCGCUCCACAGCCGACUCUCCACCCUGGAAUUGGCAGCACCGGCACUGUCCCGUACGUCCCGCCGCCAUGCACCGUCUCCGUCUCGACCCGCCUGCGCAUCCCCAGCCCCAAACUCCGCCCGCUCCGCUCGCCGGAACUGAGAGUGACGCGCCCGCUGGUCCCGCUCGAGGAUAUCCUCGUCGAGGAACUCGACAGCAACGACGACGACAGCGUCGCGUUCCCCACGUCGGAGCACGAGAGUCGCUAUGGCUGCGACGAAGACGACGACGAGGAAGGGGGCGAGGUGGGUGUGUAUGCUGACUUUAGUGUUAUUUUUGGCGGGGGCGGCGACACGGACGAGGACGAGGAUGGGCUGGACGAGAAGGGGAGCGUGGGGGAUUGCUUUGAGGAUUAUAUGGAUGACUUGGAUGGGAUUCCCUGGGGCGCGAGGUGCUGA